AACAACCAUGUUCACCCGAUCCCCUCGGGGCCGUUCACCUAUGCGCUCGCCAGACCCUGGCCUGCCAAAAUUACCUCGAUCACACAACCGAUCAAGAAGCUACACACGAAGCCCAGCACCAGAGCGCCACCGUCGGUCCAGGAGCAGAAGUGAUUCUGUAUCACGAGAACGAUCUCUCUCACGCUCGCGCUCGCGCUCUCGCUCUCGAAGUCCCGUCAGAGGUGGAAGGAGGUAUCGCAGUGCCAGUCGCAGUCGCAGUCGCUCUCUCAGCCCAGUUCAAAGCCCUCCGCGGAGCUCCAAGGUCGUCGUGGAAAAG